GUCGCUUUACGGAAACUGUUUUCCCACAGUUAUGAAGCGGUUACAUACUGAGCAGCUGUCCUUGUGAAGAUGUGGACAACGUGUGCCACCCUCUGAGCUCAGAAGCACACAACGCAUACAAAAUCUACUAACCAAAAGUAAGCGACAUGGCAUCUCGCUUCUUCAAGUUCUCCGUGCUUCUUCAGAAGUACCGGACCCCGCUGCUGGUUGCCAGCUGUGGUGGGGUCUUUGCAGCCAACAUGUUCUACCAUGUUUUCCCUGACAUAUCGUACCGUAAGCUCUACCAGGCCUGGCACAAAGGGGAGCCUGUAGAGCUGUCUGAGAAGCUGGAGGAAGUUUUUCAGCAGGUGGCGAAGGACUAUGGUCUGAGCUCUCCUGAGAAUUUCUCUGCAUUCGCCUCCUUUGGGUUCCAUCCGGUGGGUGCUGGCGUCCCUUGGCUUCCUGCAGGUGCCCAAAUUGGCAUCCCGGCAAAUUUUAACAGCACACCAGAUGACCUGGGUGGAAUCACUAACCGCACCAUUUUCAUCAACGGCAAAGCGGUGGACUGGAGCAGCGAAUCCGGAUCAGCUCUGAAGGAGGCACUAGUGUUUUCUCUUGAUGCACAGAAGUUUGCCAUCGCCAGAGAAGUGGCCCGCUUGCAGUCAGGAGGGCCUGUACUGAGUGCUGUUGUUGCCCCGUUCUGCCUGGGUGGUGUUUGGGUGUACAGCAUAGUGCUGAAGCAGGUGUUGGGGCUCCAUGGUGGGCCUCCAUUACUUCGCGGGGCAGUGAAUGUUGUGGCACUGGGGCUCGGUGCUGUGUCCUACUUCCUUACUUCAGAUGCUGUCGGCCAGUGGGUUGACUUGGGUUCAGACCGGCGUGCGGCGGGAGUGUCCCGCGAUUAUGCCAAAGGAGGGGUUGAGUUUUAUGAUAAGAUUCUGUGCAGGAACAAGAUACUGCGCUCCCUCAUGGGACAGAAAGGAGAGGAUAUGUAUGCUCCUAGUGGAAACCUGUUUCCUGCUCACCUGCUUCAGCUGAAACACACACCAUACACAUCCAGGAGGGACGGGAUCCUCACGCUGAUGAAAGAGGAGAAAGUUUGAAAAGAACAGGGACUGACUCUGAAUUGGACUUUCCUCUAAAUAGACGACCAAUAAAAAGGGAGGGUGCAGGACUUUUUUGCUACAGAAAACCUGCCAUCAAAUCUUUCACCCUAAAAGAUCUCAAUGUCAGUUUGUGCAUCAUUUUGAAAGAAUGUAAUUAAUCAGGUGACAAGAUAGUGUGUCAAAGAGGGGCUUCAGAUGUUUUAUUUAUUCUACAAAGUUACAAUUUUGGUGGCUAAGUCUGGAAGUAUUGUACAAAUAAAUGUUUUUGAAGCCUG